CACAUACACACAGAGGCAAACACAAGCGUACACACGCUUACGGACUGCAACCUGCUGAUUCCUGUUAGAUUCUCACACACAGCCCGUAGGAGUAGGUGUCCCUAUCUGAGACCAGUUCAGCUUUUAAAAGGCGGUUUUUUUACAGAGCGCAAAUUUGGCACAUCUGUUUGCGUUUUUUUUUUUUUUUAAAUGGCUUAUUCCAGAGGAGUUGUUACUCUUUUGCCGGUGAACUUCGUGUCAGACGGCGUCUUUUGACCGACUCAACCCGAGCGCUCACAAUAAAGUUUCACAUGCUGCACUUUAUCCUGAAGCACCACAGCGCGCUACGGGGAUCAGAAAUGAAAGCAGCACCGACACCAUUCAGCGCAUUUUGCUUUAGGAAGUAUUUCAAAUGGCUUGAUACACGACUCUUUUUUUGCUUUUGAUCUGUGGCUGCGACAGAUAACAGCGCGCUCGGACGGACUUUGGAUACCAGUUACGCUUAUUUUGCAUUCGGACGGGCGACUUGAAGCUCUAAGGGCAGACACAAUUGGGACUCCGGAGAGCACAGCGGGACAAACACCAUGACCAGCUGCUGGCUUGCCUUGGUCGGAUUGUGGUGGAGCGCUUAUUACUGCAUGUUCCCGGUGUUCGCGGGGAGUAAUUAUUCACUGGAUGGAAACAACGAAGUGCACCCGGGUUUCAUCCACCGGCGGCUGCGAACGCACGAGAAGAGGGAGAUGCAGAAGGAGAUUCUGUCCAUCCUCGGGCUGCCGCACAGACCGAGACCGCAUCUGUCGCACGGAAAGUACAACUCCGCUCCGCUUUUCAUGUUGGACUUGUACAACACCAUAUCAACCGAUGAGAAAAGCAAAGUGGAAAGCAUGCUGGACGGAUACCAGUACACGCGGACAACCCAGAGCCCUCCUCUGGCCACAUAUCAAGAAACUGCCUUUCUAAAUGAUGCAGAUAUGGUGAUGAGCUUCGUUAAUUUAGUGGAGUACGACAGCGAGCUCUCCCCACAGCGGCGUCACCACAAGGAGUUUAAGUUCAACCUCUCACAGAUCCCUGACGGUGAGGCCGUCACUGCAGCAGAGUUUCGCCUCUACAAGGAGUGUGUGAGCCACACCUUCCGCAAUGAGACCUUCCUACUCAAAGUGUACCAGGUGGUCAAGGAGCACCCUGACAGAGAGGCAGACCUGUUCCUGCUGGAGUCUCGCAGCCUGUGGGCGGCUCAGGAGGGCUGGCUAGAGUUUGACAUCACUGCCACCAGCAACCUGUGGGUGAUGAGCCCAGGACACAACCUGGGCCUGCAGAUCAGCAUGGAGACCAGCAGUGGACGGAGCAUCACUUCCAAGGAGGGGGGGCUUGUAGGACGUGACGGUGCACUGGAGAAGCAGCCUUUUAUGGUGGCGUUUUUCAAAGUCAGUGAAGUGUACAUCCGCACCGCCCGCUCCACUGGCGGCAAACGUCGCCAGCAGAAUCGCAACCGAUCCACGCAGCCGCAGGAGGGAUCCAGAGGGUUGGGUCUAGCAGAUUACAACAGCAGUGAUCAGAAGACAGCAUGCAGAAGACACGAGCUCUACGUCAGCUUCCGGGAACUGGGCUGGCAGGAUUGGAUUAUUGCUCCUGAGGGCUACGCAGCCAACUACUGCGAUGGAGAGUGCUCCUUCCCGCUUAACGCCCACAUGAACGCCACCAACCAUGCCAUCGUACAAACACUGGUGCACCUGAUGAACCCUGAGAACGUGCCGAAGCCGUGCUGCGCCCCCACCAAGCUCCACGCCAUCUCAGUGCUCUACUUCGAUGACAACUCCAACGUCAUACUGAAGAAAUACAAGAACAUGGUAGUGCGGGCCUGUGGCUGCCACUGACGCCAUCAAAGGACCAAUAAUGUUUGGUUGAAAAAUUGGGUUGGCAAAGGGCUGCAACUGCACCAGUGACUCCUGGGUGAUGUUGACCUCAAGUAGAUGCCAGUUUCCUGCCCAAAUCCUCAGCCUGCAAGGAAUAUCCACCCUGAAUGAUAAUUUACAUUUUCUAUUCCAUCCAAUCUUGGACAGCUCAAAACAUUUAUCUAACAAGAUGAUUUGUCAUCAAGGCAUCAAACUAAGUGGGGACCAAAAUGACACCAUACAGGUGUCAUCUAUAGGCAACUUCUCACCCUACUCCAGUGCUGAGUCACCAAACGAUCUGUCACCUUCUCCGCCACCUUUGGAGUAGAGUCUUUCAUGGGUCUGCAAGUGAAUGAAUGAGUGUGUGUGUGUGUGUGAGGGGAGGAGGGAGUGUUCCAAGUCUGUAUAUUAUGUGUUUAUGGAGGUGUGUGUAUGAAUACCUAGAAGGCUACUGCACCUUCCCCCUCACUGAGAGGGCGAGGGCAAAACUGAACUGUUGUGGGACGAGUCCGAGUGCUGCUUUCUUUCCCUUCUCCUUCACAUAUGUAUGUAUGUAUGUGUAUAGAUGUAUAUACACGUGUGUGUGUGUGUGUGUGUGUGUGUGUGUGUGUAAAAUCAGUGGAUCAGUUCUCAGAAGAGGCUCGCGCAAUUACUGAUGAACAACUUCUCUACAGUGCAUGACCCCAGGGAAUUGACUCAGUGUUAUCACAGCACUGAAAACCAACAGAAGUCAGUGACAUCACCUGGUCAAAUGACAGAAAAUGUGUGUAAAUGGUUUGAGUCAGAUGGGAAAAUACAAGCCCAGUUUCCUUUUCAGUGCAAAUGUUGUUAACCCAAACAAUCUAAUACUGAAUGAAUGAUCCAUUGGCGUCAGUAGUUUCAUAUUUCCUUCCUCUUUUUCUGAUGUAUUUUCUUCUCAAGCCAUAUUUGCCUUCCUAAAAUAUAAUAUGGACUGAACCAAAGUGACCGCAUGCUAUUUUAGUAGUGCACUGCUCCAAAUAUCCCCUUCAUGUCAAUAUUUGCCGGGCUCACGCUGAGCUACGAUUCACCAGGCUGGUUCAACAUGAUGCAUGUUCUGGCUAAACUAAUGUUUUUCUCCAAAGAAGCGAAGAAUACAGCCUUAUCCCUCCGACAUACCGCAAAUGGCCAUUUCCAUGUCGCUGUACUCACAAAGUUAACAAAUGCUUCCACCCCUGACAACUCAUCAAGAGAUUGUGGAAAAACAUUUAGUGAGUCAAAAACAGCCGGCAGGACAGAUUCUGGGCCAGCUCUCUGAAAUUAGCCCUUUGCUUUUUCAACCCUGAUGGUAAAAUUAUGUGUCCAGUGGCAACAUUCUCUCCAAUUGUAUAUGUUACUGUGAGCUCUGAAUGAUAUAGUCUUUUAGAGAACAUAUAAUGAAAAACUAAUACCAGUAAGAAUCAAAAUACCUUACAUGCCUAACCAAUCAUAAAUUACAAUAUACCUCUGGUAAGCUGCUGUUUACAUUUGUGAUCAUGUUUAGACUGUUUUUUGUAAAUACUUGUACAUUCGUAGCUUAUUUAUUGCACCUUCUAUUAAAAAGAAAAAUCACAUACCUUAUUAACAAAGACAGAUGCAAAAACCCAAUGGAAAUACAAACCUAUUUUUGAAAAAAAUUUAUUAUGAAAUCUCAUGUUACAACUUGCCAUUAUUUACUCUUUUUGUACAAAAUCCAUGGGUAGUGCACAACCCAUGACUCACAAGGCAAAACAAAAAAAAAAAAAACAAAACAAAAAAAAAAACUUCUGUCACUGGAGUUCCUUAGACCAUGUGCUAUCCAUAAAAACUUUUACUGACAAAGAA